GUCACCGCCGCCCGCCGCGCCGCUGCUCGGCUCCCGCGCCGCCACCGCCGCCGCCGUUUCCCCUCGACGACUGGGUGAUGCUGGACAUGGGAGAUAGGAAAGAGGUGAAAAUGAUCCCCAAGUCCUCGUUCAGCAUCAACAGCCUGGUCCCCGAGGCGGUCCAGAACGACAACCACCACGCGAGCCACGGCCACCACAACAGCCACCACCCCCAGCACCACCAUCACCACCACCACCAUCACCACCACCCGCCGCCGCCCGCCCCGCAACCGCCGCCGCCACCCCAGCAGCAGCAGCCGCCACCGCCACCCCCGGCACCGCAGCCCCCCCAGGCGCGGGGCGCCCCGACCGCCGCAGACGACGACAAGGGCCCCCAACAGCUGUUGCUCCCGCCGCCGCCGCCGCCGCCGGCCGCCGCCCUGGACGGGGCCAAAGCGGACGGGUUGGGCGGCAAGGGCGAGCCGGGCGGCGGGCCGGGGGAGCUGGCGCCCGUCGGGCCGGACGAGAAGGAGAAGGGCGCCGGCGCUGGGGGGGAGGAGAAGAAGGGGGCGGGCGAGGGCGGCAAGGACGGGGAGGGGGGCAAGGAGGGUGAGAAGAAGAACGGCAAGUACGAGAAGCCACCGUUCAGCUACAACGCGCUGAUCAUGAUGGCCAUCCGGCAGAGCCCGGAGAAGCGGCUCACGCUCAAUGGCAUCUACGAGUUCAUCAUGAAGAACUUCCCCUACUACCGCGAGAACAAGCAGGGCUGGCAGAACUCCAUCCGCCACAACCUGUCCCUCAACAAGUGCUUCGUGAAGGUGCCGCGCCACUACGACGACCCGGGCAAGGGCAACUACUGGAUGCUGGACCCGUCCAGCGACGACGUGUUCAUUGGCGGCACCACGGGCAAGCUGCGGCGCCGCUCCACCACGUCGCGGGCCAAGCUGGCCUUCAAACGCGGGGCGCGCCUCACCUCCACGGGCCUCACCUUCAUGGACCGCGCCGGCUCCCUCUACUGGCCCAUGUCGCCCUUCCUGUCUCUGCACCACCCCCGCGCCAGCAGCACUUUGAGUUACAAUGGCACCACGUCUGCCUACCCCAGCCACCCCAUGCCCUACAGCUCCGUGUUGACUCAGAACUCGCUGGGCAACAACCACUCCUUCUCCACGGCCAACGGCCUGAGUGUGGACCGGCUGGUCAACGGGGAGAUCCCGUACGCCACGCACCACCUCACGGCUGCCGCGCUCGCCGCCUCGGUGCCCUGUGGCCUGUCGGUGCCCUGCUCCGGGACCUACUCCCUCAACCCCUGCUCCGUCAACCUGCUUGCGGGCCAGACCAGUUACUUUUUCCCCCACGUCCCGCACCCGUCAAUGACUUCGCAGAGCAGCACGUCCAUGAGCGCCAGGGCUGCGUCUUCCUCCACGUCGCCGCAGGCCCCCUCGACCCUGCCCUGUGAGUCUUUAAGACCCUCUUUGCCAAGUUUUACGACGGGACUGUCCGGGGGACUGUCUGAUUAUUUCACACAUCAAAAUCAGGGGUCUUCUUCCAACCCUUUAAUACAUUAACAUCCCUGGGACCAGACUGUAAGUGAACGUUUUACACACAUUUGCAUUGUAAAUGAUGAUUAAAAAUAAGUCCAGGUAUUUUUUAUUAAGCCCCCCCCCUCAUUUCUGUACGUUUGUUCAGUCUCUAGGGUUGUUUAUUAUUCUAACAAGGUGUGGAGUGUCAGCGAGGUGCAAUGUGGGGAGAAUACAUUGUAGAAUAUAAGGUUUGGAAGUCAAAAUUAUAGUAGAAUAUGUAUCUAAAUAGUGACUGCUUUGCCAUUUCACUCAAACCUGACAAGUCUAUCUCUUAAGAGCCGCCAGAUUUCCAUGUGUGCAGUAUUAUAAGUUAUCAUGGAUUUAUCUGGUCGACGCAGACCUUGAGAACAACCUAAAUUAUGGGGAGAGUUUUAAAAUGUUAAACUGUAAUUUGUAUUUAAGAAGCAUUCGUAGUAAAGGUGCCCAAGAAAAUUAUUUUGGCCAUUUAUUGUUUUGUCCUUUUCGUUAAAGAACUGUUUUUUUCUUUUGUUUACUUUUAGACCAAAGAUUGGAUUCUAGAAAAUGCACUUGGUAUACUAAGUAUUAAAACAAACAAACAAAAAAGGAAAGUUGUUUCAGUUGGCAACACUGCCCAUUCAAUUGAAUCGGAAGGGGACAAAAUUAAUGAUUGCCUUCAGUUUGUGUUGUGUAUAUUUUGAUGUAUGUGGUCACUAACAGGUCACUUUUAUUUUUUCUAAAUGUAGUGAAAUGUUAAUACCUAUUGUACUUAUAGGUAAACCUUGCAAAUAUGUAACCUGUGUUGCGCAAAUGCCGCAUAAAUUUGAGUGAUUGUUAAUGUUGUCUUAAAAUUUCUUGAUUGUGAUACUGUGGUCAUAUGCCCGUGUUUGUCACUUACAAAAAUGUUUACUAUGAACACACAGAAAUAAAAAAUAGGCUAAAUUCAUAUAUAUCUUGAUACUUUUGUCUCUUUAUUAAGUAGAGCUAAUUUUUGAAAGACCACUCAAUUUAUAGGGAAUUCAAAGGCUUUUUCAGCCAAAUUAAAAUUUAAACUGCUCCUUUAAUUUGAACUGAGAGUCUAAAAACGAAAAUAGUAUUUUUCCCCCUUGUGGGCAAAUUUUACCCGGAGCAGGCUAUUAAAUAAACACUAGCUUUAAACAAAGUAUAGGCUUUUCAGCUAAUAUCUUUAAGUUUUUGUGGAUAUACAGCAAAAAGAGAUAUUUAAUUUUAUGUGCAUAGCUGUUUACUCUGUGUUUAUUUUAAAACAGUUAAUAGAAUGCUUUUUAUAUAUUUUGUUUCAGGUAUCUUGUUUAUAGCACUUGGCAAAUUAUAAAUAAAUAUAUGUAUAUGGUUAGAUAGAAGUGAAUAAUGAACACAUAUGUAAUAUAUAUAGACACACAGAGCCCUUCAGUUCAGGUACAAUUUGCGCUAUGAAUGCUGCAAACAUUUUUGUUUAAAUAUUUGUAUUUAUACUUUCUAAGUCAGCAUUUAUUUUUGUGGCUGUUUACCCACAAUGAAAGAGUUCUAAUAAAGAUGUGCUGAAGUUGCAAUAGAUUUUGCUGAAGUGAUCACCUGUUGUAAUGACUUGCAGAUCAAUGUUGAUAUUUUAAUUUUAAAUUAUAACAAUUUAAAAUUCUAGAUAUUCAGAAGUAAAACCUCUCUUCUUUUCCCCCUAUUUUUACAACAUGGAGGUAUUUAUUUGAUUCUCUUUUAAAUGUCUGUAUAAUUUAAUCUAGAGAUUUGUUCCUUUUGCUUACACUGAAUCAUAAUUUUGUUUUAACUUGCAAUAUGCAUAUGUUAUGCAUAUAUGCAUAUAUAUGAAACAAAAUGAAAACAUUUUAAAAAUUGUUUCAGGAAGCCCAAUUGCUAUAAUUCAAAAAAAAAAAAAUUAGAAAACCUGAGUAAAAGUUUCAGUAACUAAUUGGAUCCUGUGGAGAGUCUAUGGAGGACAAGUUGUUCAUUUGUUAUAGUUGUAUAGUCUGAAAUGUGUUCUUCAGUAAUGCAAUAAGCUGGCUGCUUCUUACAAUGGGUCCAAUGAAAAAUAAUCUGUCCCUAAGAUGUUAUCAGCAAACAGAGAGUUGCUCUGAGGGAAAAAAAAGAAAAAAGCUUUGGGGACAAGCAAAUUGACUGAAGUGGAUUUGAAAUGUAGAAUAGUUAAUAUUGGAAAAUUUGAGUGUGGGUUGUGGAAUGAGGUGGGGGAAGAGCAAAGGAGCAAGCUCGAGGUGCCAGGAAAAUUUAAAAAGAGCUGGAACCAAAUAUACAAAAAUGGGGAAUGGGCAAAAAAUAGACCAACUAGUUUAAUUAUCUCUUUUAAGCAGACUGAAUAUGAUUUUAUUUUCUUAGCAUGAAAACAGAUUCACUUGAGAUCUGUUUCCUGAAAUUUAACAGUUCUUCAGAAUGAAGCAGAAAAGAAAAUUUCACAAAUUAUUGUUUUAAAAGCCAAAUUUAUGACUGAUUAAAAAGAGUACAAAUGCUGAUCUUAGGCAAAGGAAAUCCCCAUUACACAAUUGGGAACCAAAAUAGCUCCAAGAAAGGCAUGUGUUUAAGCUGGAAAAAAGGUGAUGAUUUAUUGUUUGCUUUUGCCAUGGAUUUUAUUUGUGGAAUGAGAAUGUGCUACCAGAGAGGAAAUACAGUAUUUUGCCUUCCAAAGUUAAAAGAAGUCAAACUCUUGUACUGAGAUAAAGAGAUAUAGGAGAUUUUCUCCAUGGGUAUUUUUCUUCUGGUCAAAUUAAAUACCUAUACUUAUUUGUGAUUAUGUGUUUAUUUGGAUGAUAGAAAUUGAAUUUCAAUGGCAAACUUAGUAUUCUGAAGUCAAGGGUAAAAUUCAUUUCUUUGCAUUCCUAAAACUAAGUACUGAAGUAGAAGUUGUGUUUGGACACAUGUCCAAAUUAUAUAUACAAUGGAUAUGAUUAGAAAUGUGGUUAUUAGACAUUCUAGAAGGGGGGUAUCCAGAGGAAAAAAGUGAAGGCCUCCUGAAGCCUAAUGUGAACAUUUCAUUUACCUUGAUUAUCCUAUCAUUCCUCAAGGUAUCUUCUAAAACAAACAAACAAACAAAACUCACACAUGACAGUCUGGCAUGGCAUUUAUACAUUUUUGCAUAAUGUGUUGUUUGUCACCAAUUUUUGGCAGUUGAAAUUAACUCAUGCCAGAAAAAUACUUCAAAACUUUUUGAAGAUUAUUUUCUUUCAAACUUGUGAUUAGUUUUAAUGUAAUAGCAAUUGUCUUUUUUUUUUUUUUUUUGAGAUUUUCAAACUGAAAAUGACCACAGCUUAAAACUUGAAAUCUCCAAAUAUAGUUCAUUUAGGUUUAAAGUGUUUUACUUGAAUUUAUCUGGUAUAAAGUUAACAAAAAACUAUUAAUAUAUAAAACACUGAGAGAGUAAUGUAAACUGGAGCAGUGAAGGAAUUUUUCCAACUAUGUUUCUUCCUAAUAUGUUAUAAAAUUGGGCAUCGAAUGAACAUAAAGUCUAGAACUAACAGUACUUAACACAAGUAUUCAUGUGAUGAUGGAAGCCUUCAUGUGGUUUCUGAGGGGCAUCAAAUCAAGGCAGAGAGGCAAAAAAUGUGUUUUGCAGUGUAUUGAUUUUAAUAUAUAUUUGUUACAUACUUCACUCAAAUAGGUGGAUAAAUUCAUAUAUUUAGAACUCUAAAGCGUGGUAUGAAGUGUGUUUUCUACAUCAUUGUUGAGGAAUUUGCAUGCAUUGAAAUAAUUUGCUUUUGAGAAAUUAGUUUUAUGAUUAGUUAAAGUUGUGUUUGAGACUAAAAUCCUGUUGCAGAAUUAGGCUAACAAAGGGUGAAGGUGAAGAUCAUUAGAGGUUUUAAAGCUGGCUGAGAGGGGUUGCUGGGGUUGUGUAACUGUGCCUAGAGGGCGGGGUUCCUGUACAUUCCUACUUCACCAGAUAACCUGCCCCCAACACCACUUCAGCUUCUGCCAGACAGAUGGAACUCUCCAACAUGAAAAUCUGUGCAUCCAAUCCAACAAGCACGGCUCUGCCUGAGGUUGUCUGAAGGAUGCCGCGGGAAAAGACCAAAGAAUUGGGAGAGCUCUUACCCCAAGAUCGACUUUUUUUUAUCGGUCAGUACAACGAAGGUUGCCAUGGUCUUCUACUUCGUAUCCAAGGAUAUCUACUCAAGGAUAUGCUGAUAUCAAACAAGUUUCCAAGCAGAAAAUUCAUCUUGGAGGAAGACAUGUUUCAAGAAGAAGUUUGCUUCAGCAAUUUUUAAAAAAAAAUUUUUGGUGGUAGUAGUGGGUAUCAAACCUAUGGCUUCUUGCAUGCCAGGCAAGCACUCUACCACUGAGCCAUAUCCCCCAAAAUUCCAGCAUUCUUUUUUAAAAAAUAUUUUCUCCUAUAGUAUCCUCCAGACUCUAAACUAAUAGUAGGUUUCUUAAGUUCAUCCAGAUCUCCUCCAUGUCAGAAUAUUCAGAAUACUCUCUCUCUCUCUCUCUGUGUGUGUGUGUGUGUGUGUGUGUGUUUGGGGGAGUAUACUGGGGAUUAAAACCAGGAACAUUCCCCACUUCUUUUAUUUUGAGACAGUCUUGCUGUGUUGUCCAGGCUGGCCUCAAACUUGCAGUCUUCCUGCCUCAACCUCCCCAGUAAUUAGAAAUUACAGGUGUUCAUACUGUGUCUGGCCAUGUCUGUAUUCUUGGUCAUUUUGCCACCUUCUGGCUCCAAAGAUAAAGAAGAAAUAAUAAUAAAUGAAUAAAAAUCGUUUGUUCCUGUUUCAGUGAGUCAUUCCAGUCUUGAAGCUCUCUGGUGGAUUAAUUAACUUUAUUGUUACAUUUACUAGCCCACACUUAUUUGUGGGAAAGUGCUCCUCUUGGCAUUUUCUUAGUUGGUGGAAGGAACACUAGGACUAUGACAUUGGACUUCACUCUUUAAGUUCAUGGUUCUGUGGCAGCACAAAACUUGAACAAAACUUACUUUUUUCAUUUAUAGGCUGGAAGUACCACAGCACCAUCUUUUCCUGAUGUUAUAUUCUAGCUUUUAUUUAUUCUUGGCCACACUUCUUUCCUGAGCAAGAGUUCUUGCUUAAUAUGGGGGUUGGGAUUGGUAACCCUAUGAAGAAACCUGGUACCUCUUAUAUGGGAAGUUUGGAGAGCUUAUCCUAGCAAUCAAAUUGGUGUUAAGAUGGUUAAUUGAAUCCUGUGGGUAUAGUGCUCUUAUCCCAAGUGAAGAAAAUGAAAACAUUUCUUUAUGUUAUUAUAUACCCCCACUCAGUUUUCAUAAGUAGGACUUCCUAGUGUACAUUAUCUUAUCCUGGAAUGAAUUAUUUCAGUUCUUGUAGUCUCUUACAGAUUUAUAAGGAGUAUGGUGCCAAGGAGAAAUUUGAAAGAAAGAGCACAAGAUGAGAUUGUCUUUUGUUAAACAUCAAGAUCAACACAAAAUAAAUUUUAAAAAAUGUGCAAAGUUAUCUUUUAUUAGAAUAUUUAAUGAAUUUUAUUAUAACUGCAAUAUUUUAAUUUUAAUUUUCCUUCAAUUUCUUAUGUUUCCUCUUCCUUUUAAUUAAAAAAAUCUUAGUUAUAUUCAAUAUCAGAAUACACCCUGACAUAGUCACAAAAGCAUGAAAUACAACCCACUGCAGUUCAGUCCCUGGCACUACCUACCUCCUUGCCUUCCACCAACCUUUCCUAUGUCCAUGCAUGGAUGUGGCACUAUGGGUCCUGAUAUCAGGUGUAUCUACAGGACACUAUUUUUUAAAAAAGCAAAACUAUCUUAAGAGAAGAGAUUAAUUACUCUGAAGCAGAGCUUGAUUUAAACUAAUUGAAAGUAUUAAUACAUUGACAGAAAAAAAUUAGCCAUGAAAACAGAUAAGGGAAAGUUAGAAGAAAGUAGAAAAAAAAAAAAACCUACUCAAAUAUGGCUCAGAGAUGAGGAAGGGAACUCCAUUUAA